AUGAAGCUUUCAACGCAAGAACGUGACGCUGCUCUCGAGGAAUUGAAGAUCUUUGGACGUGACCCAACCAAUGCCGACCCCAUCUUUACCAAGCAGGGAUUGGAAACCCUUGCCAAGUAUGCCUUCGAGAGUACUUCGGAAAGCACAUCCCGCGGUGCCCUCAGGAUUCUCUGCAAUGCCUUGCUUCUCAAAGCGGAAACCCGGCAGCUCUUCAUUGACCUUGGGUAUGAGCCGAAAGCUUGUGAGAAGUUGAAGAACGGUACCGUCGAGGAUGAGUUCCUCCUCUCUCGCCUCAUUUUUCUCACCACUUACGGCACCAACGUCGAUCUACCGAAAUUGAUAGAGCAACAUCACCUCGCCGAGUCCAUUAUUCAAAACCUUAAGAGACAUGCCGAACAAGCCUCAACACCAAAGUCUGGCAAGGCUAAAGUUGACCCAAUGGUCGAGAUGGCCCUGGGAGAGACUCUCAAGCUCAUCUUCAACGUUACUCGGUUUGCCACGAACCAUAUCAGCUCCUUCGACGAUGCCAUUCCACCCAUCGCAACCAUUCUCUGCAGCUACGAGCUGCCCAAAACCUCCAAGACACCCCUGGAUCCCCCGUUCAGCCUGCUGAUCAACGCCCUCAUGAACCUCAACCUCGGCAGCGAAGCCGCCAAACCCACUGUAUACCCAGCCAACCCCGACACGCCGGACUCUCUUGUCAACCGCCUUCUUGACCUCCUCGACAUCUCCAUGAAGGUCUACUCGGACGACGGCCUCGAGCAAUCCGUCACUCCGCUGGUGUGCGUCCUCCAAGCAGUCUACCAAAACGCUCCUGCGGCGGCCGGGCCUGCUCCCGCGACUAGCAAGGGCAGCAACACCUUCCCCGACUCACCCGUCCGCCGCGUCAUGCGCACCAGGCUGCUGCCCACCGAGGAGGACCGCAAGCAAGUCCUGGGCAAGGCCGAGACGCUGCCGUCAAGGCUGCUGCGCAACUGGAGCAACCCGCUUGCCCCCGAGUUCCGGAAGUCGGUCGCGCAUCUGUAUUUUGAUAUAUCGUCACGGGAUCCGCACCAGUUUGUGAACAAUGUUGGGUAUGGGUAUGCCUCGGGCUUCUUGUUCGAUAACAAGAUUCCUGUGCCUCCAGAGGCCAUGAAGGGUGAUGGUACUGGCGAGGGGAGCAGCAUCAACAGGCCGAUCAACCCGAUUACGGGCCAGUUCUUGGACGAGGAGAGCUAUCCUGAGAUCCCACCUAUGACGAAGGAGGAGAAGGAGAGGGAAGCUGAAAGGUUGUUUGUGCUGUUUGAAAGGGUCAAGAAGUCUGGCGUCAUCUCGGUAGAGAAUCCUAUCGAGAAGGCGGUGCAAGAAGGCAGGUUUGAGGAGCUGCCCGACUCCGACUCCGAGUCGGAUUAG